AGACUCCACCCACGUGUAGAACAUCAGGACUGAUGAAGUAUCUCCUUAAGAGCUAUUUAUGUUUGUAAUCAUUUUUAAAGUCACGUGUUUUUUUGUGGAAAGCUUAAAUUUAACGUGUUGUACAUCACGUAUAAAACGUAACAUUUACAAACCGAUCACGUUUCCAGAUGAUUUUAAAACUCGUGAUAUUUAGAACACAGCCACAAUCUGUUGCGAACGUACGAGCUGUUGACCAAUCAGAGUAAGAGGCGGGAUCUCGGUCGGAAAACGGGUAGGAAAGAAACAGUCCACAAAACUUUUGGCUAAUAUGGCGCACUCAAUGUGCGUCAUCAUUGUGCGACAGUCAGCAUUAUGUCGUCUAAUCCGAAUAUGCGCAUACGUAAUUUUUUAGGUUUUUGUAUAUGUUAAAAGUUUCAGUGUUCUUUAAAUAAAAGCAUUAAAAUACAAUAAAAAUGUUAUUUAUAUCCGUGUCAACAGAUCGUCUGUGUUUUAUGCAUAAAAUGAGCGCAAUGUUGAGUGUCUAAAAGUCGCCAUGCUGAAGUUACCAAUCGGAUGUCCGCUCACUUCCUAGUGCACUUUGACCUUAAUGAUGAGCGGCAGCUCUUAGCGCCCUACUAAGUGCCCUUGGUGUGUAACAGGUUAGUGAAUGUGACCGAGCCCGUGGCGGGGACACACAGCAGUAACGUGCUGUUUAAGAUGGAGCGUUUCUUCAGUCCUGAGAAAGGAAACGGUUUACGAGCUGCGAGAGAAAUGAAAGCGGGACAAAAGAUUUAUUCUACAGAACCGUUUGUGUUCUGUGUCUCCGAAAAGUCUUUAAACUCCACCUGCCAGUCGUGUCUCAGCAAGGGUGAGAGUUUAUUGAGAUGUUCUCAGUGUAAAGCUUCUCGGUACUGCAGUGUUCAGUGUCAGAAGGAGGACUGGCCUGAACAUAAGAGAGAAUGUAAAUGUCUUCAGCGUGUGUACCCCAGAGUUCCCACCGACUCGGUCCGACUGACGGCCAGAAUCAUCUUCACCCUGCUCAGUGAUCCUGCUGCAGACUCACAGGAGCUUUACUCUGUAACACAACACCAGUCACAUCUGAAGGAGAUGAAUGAGGAGAAGACAGAAGGUCUGGUCCAGCUGUGCUCCAUGUUAAAGCUCUACUUGGACUCUGAUGUUUCUCAGCUGCCAAGUGGUUUGGAUCCCAUGAGUCUUCUGGCAAGGGUAAUGUGUAACUGUUUCAGUGUAAGUGAUGGAGAGCUGCAGAAUGUUGGAUUAGGACUGUACCCCAGCAUGUCUCUGUUAAACCACGACUGCAGGCCGAACUGUGUGAUGGUGUUUGUGAGGAAGAGACUUGAACUACGGGCAGUACGAAGAAUUCAGCAAUAUGAGGAGUUGUGUAUCAGUUAUACAGAUAUUUCAGCUCCUCGUGUUGAGAGACGAACACAGUUGAUGGAACAGUUUCACUUUCUGUGCCAGUGUCAAAGAUGCAUUGAUGACCAGAAUGACAGUAUCAUGUUGGGAGGGGAGGAGUCCAAGUGGACAAUACUUAGAGACUCAAUACCUCACCUGGAGUCUUUACGACACGAAGAGAAGUGGGCGGAGCUUCAGCAGGUGUGUCAGGCUCUGAUUUGUGCAAACUCUGCUGCAGUCCCUGAUUCUAAUGUAUACAUGCUAAGGGUGUUGGACUCGCUCAUGGACGCCUGCAUCAGUCUGAGUCAGUAUGAGACAGCACUGAAGUACGGCACCAGGACACUGAAUGCAUACGUGCUGCAUUAUCCUGAUCCUCACCCGUCACAUGCAGUGGAGCUGCUGAGAGUCGCAAAACUGCAGCACUACUGUGGAGACGUGGAACAGGCUGAGAAAACCUUCACACAGGCGUAUAGAGUGAUGAAGGUGACUCAUGGUACUGAACAUCCCCUUGUCAGUGAAGUGUGUAGGAAGUUGGCUGAGUGCCAGGCUGAGAGACUUUAAUCACUGACAUCACAUCCUGUACAUUUUACAUAUUAAACUGAAUUACUGCAAUUAAAUAUUAAACUUAAUCAUAAUCAA